AUGGCAGAGAACAUAGAAGACGGCCUUGAUUCCCUCGGACUCAAGGAGGUCCUAGAUGCCGACCCGAGGCCUACCUUUGUGCUCGACCUGGACCCUGACGACCCAGGCAGCAAUGUCUCCACGGCCAUCUGCCCAGUCUUUUGCAAUGCCGCCCUGCGCCUGCACGAACGACUUCUUGAUGCGGUGCUCGGCAGCGACAAUGGCCUUCCCGACGACAACCCACAUCAUGCCUGGGUCACAGGAGUUACGACACACGACGACUCCAAGGACGUCUUCCCGCAGAGCUUCAUCUACCACGACCUGAUGUGGACUGGAUCUACCGUUAGGAAGCGCUGGAGGCUUGUCAGCGGCACGGGGCUCUGGCAAGUCGACCCCGAUCCCCCACUGGAUCUUGCGUCUGGUGCUCCCCUCGAAGUGGCAACGGGUGGUGGACAAGCGAGCCUCUCUAGUAAGAAGGCGGGGAGCCGGAACGGUCCAGUGCAGGCCGAUCGCGAUGAUCGCCGUCCUUCCCAGGCGUUUGACCUGUCACACACCAGCCUCCCUCCCGCUGGGGAGAGCAGCUCGUCUCCUAUCUUUUACCCACGGCAACCUACAACAAGCGGCUCCAUCAAGACUGGCAACUCCAAGUCCUCGCAGAACAUCUCUCUCAACCUUGCGACCCUUCCGGAACGUGCCGCAAUUGACUGGACGGUACCAGAACCCCAGGGGCAACUGUCGACGCACCUGCAGUACGUCCGCAGUGUGGACUGGAGCGCCACCUCUCUUGGGCCCAUGGACCAAUGGUCCUCCGAGUUUCGUCAGAUUGCAAAUCUUGUCAUGACCAACCCCCAUCCGGUGGCCCUGUUCUGGGGCUCCAAGUUGACAGUUAUAUACAAUGAGGCCUAUGCAAAUGAGGUCGCGGGAAAUAAGCAUCCAACCUUGAUGGGGACGGAUUUUGCUGACUUCUUCGCCGAGAUCUGGGAUUACUGUGGGCCUCUGUUUGAGGAGUGCGGGCGGACUGGUAUCAGUGUGCGCAAGGACAAUGACUUUGUGUCUCUUUACCGGCACGGUAUGCUCGAGGAAACCUACUUCUCCUGGACCUAUGUCCCUGUGUACUCCAGCUCGACUCGGGAGCUCUCGGGCUUCUAUAAUGGACCGUUCCAGACGACAUCGAUGGUACUGCAGGCACGGCGGAUGCAGACGAUCAACUCGAUCGGCGAGCGCACCAGCGCGGCGAAGACAGUUAAGCAGUUCUGGAAAUACGUCCUAGAAAGCCUGAGGGAGAACCCUCGGGACGUGCCAUUCGCCCUGUUGUACUCGGUUGGAGAAGAUGACGAUGGGGAGUUCUCCUCUGCGGCUUCAGAAACCUCGAUCUCUCUCAAGACCUGCCACUUUGAAGGCUCUCUUGGCUUGGCAACAUCCCUCGCCUCGACCAUCCUCUUUGAAGAGGAGACUCGUCGAAUGCGGGAUGCCUUUGAGGCCGCGCAUCUAGAGAAAGAAAAUCUGACCCAGCAGUUGGACCUGCAAGCCAGCAGGCUGCGGCGGAUGACCGAGCUCUCCCCCCUUGGAAUGUUCCUCAUCAGCCCCGAAGGUGUCCUGCGCGAGGCGAACGACACUUUCUUCGAGAUGACGGGACUCCCGAGAGAGAGUCAGUCCGAGCUAUCAUGGAUGGACAUCAUCAUGCCCAGCAGCAUAAAGACUAUGGAAGACGGGUGGCAUAUUCUUGCUAAUGAGCACCGUCCGUGGUCCGAUGAACUGCAGCUAAAUGUCCGCCACGCCAACCCUGUGAACCUGCAGGGAGACGCCAUCGAUUACUGGGUCAUGUUCAUCGCCCAGCCGGAGAUUGCAUCUGACGGCUCCCUGCGAUCCAUUAUGGGAAGCAUCACCGAUAUCUCCAAGACGAAAUGGGCACAGGGUCUCCAAGAAUUCCAACUGAGCGAGGCCGAAGAGACACGAAGGCAACAGAACGAAUUUAUCGACAUUACAUCCCACGAGAUGCGGAACCCGUUGAGCGCCAUCCUCCAAUGUGCAGACGACAUCACCACGGUUCUCGCGGAGUGUAAGAAGAAGGGUGUCAGUCCUGAUGUAGACACCAUCACGUCCUGUCUGGAGUCGGCACAGACCAUCAGCUUGUGUGUACAGCAUCAAAAGUCUAUCGUCGAUGAUAUACUCACGGUCUCAAAACUCGACUCGAACCUACUACUCAUAACACCUAUUCCCACGCAACCAGAACAGAUUUUGAGCCGGGCACUGAGGAUGUUCGAAUCGGAGCUGCAAGCCAAGGACAUCGAGGCCAAGUUCGAGGUCCAUCCUUCCUACAUCGAGAACAAGGUGGACUGGGUCUCUCUGGAUCCUAGCCGGGUGCUGCAGGUUCUCAUCAACCUCCUGACUAACGCUAUCAAGUUUACGGCUACAUCGAAGUCGCGCCGUCUUGCCGUCGCUGUCGCUGCGUCUCGCGAGCCACCCGUCCUAAGUCAUAUCAAAGGCUUCCAAUUUGCGCCUCUCACAAAUGCAAGGAACCUUGCGGAUGAUCGGAACGACUCCGAGACGUUAUACAUACGGUUUAAGGUUCAGGAUUCGGGCUGCGGCCUGACCGCCGAAGAGAAGCAGAUCUUGUUCCAACGCUUCAAGCAGGCCUCGCCGCGCACGCAUGCGCAGUACGGUGGAAGUGGGCUGGGUCUCUUUAUCUCGAAGCGUCUCGCAGAGCUUCAUGGAGGACAGAUUGGUGUCGCUUCGGAAGCUGGCGAGGGAAGCAUCUUCAGCUUCUACGUCCAAGCCAAGCGGUGUGAACCGCCCGUCGAUGCAGGGCAAGACCCCAUUCUACCACUCGAACGACACCUCAACGGCGAUAUGAGCCUGCAGCAACAGCUCGCCCCCCAGCGACAAGAUCUCGCACUGUCAGGCGGGCAGGGGGCCAGCCUGGUGGUGGCCAAGGCCGUCAAGCAGUUCGACCCCAAGAAGACGACGAUCCUGGUUGUGGAGGACAACCUGAUCAACCAGCGCGUGCUGGCAAAUCAGCUCAAGAAGGCCGGCUGCAAGGUCAACCUCGCAAACGACGGCCUCGAGGCACUGGAAUUUCUGCGAAGCACGCAUUUUUGCGAUAAGACCAAGGGCGUUGCCCUUGACAUCAUCCUGAUGGACCUCGAGAUGCCCAAUAUGGAUGGGCUGACCUGCGUGCGCGAGAUUCGGAAGAUGGAGGCAACAGGCGAGGUGAAGGGGCACGUGCCCGUCAUCGCAGUCACCGCUAAUGUGAGGGAUCAGCAAGUGGCGACGGCGAGGCAGAGUGGCAUGGAUGAUGUGCUUUCGAAGCCCUUCCGAAUACCGGACUUGCUGAAGCAGGUAGAGACUUUACUUUUGGCCGACUCGAUUUCGGCUGUGCAUAUUGCAUAGGGAGGUGUUAGUUAGCGGGUGGUAGUGAUAGUGGUUUGGGGGCAUCAGUCAUGCCAACAUGUUUACAGAUACCUUUAUAGCGACGGGAUAGAGCAUUUUUGGGAGGGUUGUUCUAUUUGUUGCAUCACUUUGUUGAAGAAGUUGCAAGCUCUUUCGAUCUUUUUCCAGUCAUGUGUAACUUGCUCGGUCUUGGUAGAAAUACCCUUGUCUACUUCC